CUCAUGACAAUUUCGCGUGUCCCGCAUUGCACUCGUUUUGAUACCUCAUUGUCUUCCUGGUCUCGAUAUUUGAGAUUGAACGGCUGUACAGCCCUUUCACGAUGUUACGCCUAUCCUACUGGGUCCUCCCCGUCUUCUCGGGCCUAGUAUGGCUGGGGAUGCUCCUCGGCCUCCUGAUAUACUGGUGUGUGGACACGCACUUCACGCAUUACUCCUCUAUGAGUCCAGGCCAAAACAUUGCGUACAUCAGCGAUGUGGGAGCAUCCAAGUUGAAACCUCUAUUCAUUGCUGGGUGCUGCGUGACGACCGUAUCCCUGGAUCUCUCUUUCCUGUCUGACCACUGGUUGCGGCACCGUGGACGGCUUGUUCCAAAUGCGAACAUUACCGAGAAGAUCCUCUCCAUAUUCACCAUCAUCUUUGCCGCCAUCGGAACCUGCGGUCUUAUCCUGCUGUCCAUAUUCGACACGGUGCGGUUUAAGAAACUGCACGACAUAUUCCUCCUGCUCUUCAUUGCCGGCUAUGUGCUGUCCGCCAUCUGCAUCUGCUGGCAAUACCAGCGUCUCGGAGUUCGCUACCGCGAGCACCGCGUCCUACGCCUCUCCUUCUGGAUCAAGCUCGUCUUCGUCAUCGUCGAGGUCCUCCUAGCCAUCGCCUUCGUCGCGUGCAACUGGACCCACCACACCAACGCCGCCGCCGUACUCGAGUGGCUGAUCGCCUUCCUCUUUUCCGCCUACAUCUUCUCCUUCUUCGUCGACCUCUACCCGGCCGUGCGCACCCGCAAGGCCGGCGCCUACCGCGCCCACGGCCACGGCUACCACCCCCCUUACUCCCCCGGCGGUGGCGGCCGCCCCCGCGACAUGGAGGAGGUUGGGAGCGAUGAUGGCGGCCGCCUCACCGGCGGGGGCCUCGGGGCCGGCGUCGGCGACCACCGUCGUGAGUCGCCGAACGAGUAUUUGAACGGGGCGGAGGGGGUACCGAGCAACUUUUAGCGGUUGGGAUGGCGCUUAUACGAACAGCAGAUGUCGGUUGGAAGAGGGGGGAAGGGCCCCUAGAUUGUCUAAGGUUCCUCUUACCUACCUACCCACCUAGGUGCCUAAAUUUCCUUUCCGUUUCUCAUAACGAGUAAAUUUGGGGCCAAAGGCGUUUGGGGCUUGCAUAUCGCACAGUAUAGAUCAUCAGCAUUUUCAGCUCAGUUACCAGCAAUGGCUUGGAUGCAUUCAUUUACAUUGUAGCGAGGAGGACGUCGUAUUAUACAACGAACGAUGGGGUGUUAG